CUUCUUCGGCUACGAGGAGGACAACAGGUGCGCCAUGACCUACAUGUUCGAGGACCCCGAGUACCAGAAGAUCCAGCUGCCCAAGAGGCUGAGCCGCCGCUUCCCGGCCUACGAGCUGUACCUGUACGGAGAGGGCAGCUACGCCCGCCGCAACAGGAAGCUGCAGCUGGCGGGCGUCCCCGUCCUCUUCCUCCCCGGGAACGCCGGCAGCUACAAGCAGGUGCGAUCCCUCGGCUCUAUUGCCCUCCGCAAGGCCGAAGACAUCGGCUUCAGAUACCACUUCAACUUCUUCAGCGUCAACUUCAACGAAGAGCUGGUGGCCCUGUAUGGCGGCGGCCUCCGGGGUCAGACGACGUUUGUGCACGAGUGCAUUCAAGUCAUCCUGAACCUCUAUAAGGGUCGGGAUCCGGCCCCGCGGAGCGUGGCCAUCGUGGGCCACUCGAUGGGCGGCCUGGUAGCCCGCGCCCUGCUCACCCUGGACCGCUUCGACCCCGAGCUGCUCAACCUGCUGAUCACCCAGGCCGCUCCGCACGCCGCCCCCGUCCUGCCCUUCGAUCGCUACCUCGCCGGUUUCUACGCGGCGGUGAACUCGUACUGGACGCUCCAGGGACGGGCCACGGAGAACCUGACGGCGCUUUCGGUGGCCGGGGGCUUCCGCGACUACCAAGUGCGGGCGGGCCUGGCCUUCCUGCCCACGGGCGUCCAUCACAGCAGCGCCGUAUCCGUCGUGAGCUCGGCGGUGCCGAGGACCUGGGCCUCCACGGAUCACCUUUCCAUCGUGUGGUGCAAACAGCUGAUCCUGGCGACGGUGCGGGCUUUCUUCGACCUCGUCGACGCGGACACCAGGCAGAUCACGGCGGACCCCCAGAAGAGGCUGUCGGUGCUCAACCAUCACUUCGUGCGGCAUCCGGCCAAGCAGUUCCAGGAAAAGCCCGACGUCGUCACCGAGCUUCCCGGAGCAGCAGCGUGGAUUCGGGUCAGAGCUCCCCAGUGGACCUACGCGGUGCGCAACGAAUCGGACGAAAAGUACUUUUUAUUCCCGCUGGCCAGCCACCGGAAAUCCUACAGCCACGUCUACUGUCAGAACGCCCUGUUGGAUACAAGAAGCUGGAUUUACGGCUGCCGCAACAGUAGUUCUUCCUGUCUGGAAGGAAUUGAUCUGUCCUGGAAAGCAGAACUGUUACCGACGGUCAAGGCCGUCACGCUGAAACUCGAAGAGCAUCCGGCAUUUUCACAUCUGGUGCUACGCGUGCCAGCUCUCGACGGAAACAAGUUUACCGUGGACUGUGAGUUCUUCAGGGAAGACUUGAGGACCAGCGAGCUGCCCGUAACUCACCUCUUUUCUCUCGGGUUGUCGUCGAGGACGAUCGCGUUGCCUUCCCCCGGUUUAGUCCAUCACGUUCAGCUCCUGAACUUCGGACAGAUCUACCAGGCGUUCAAAAUCAACGUGGUGAGCAGUUGCCAGAGGGCCAGAGAAAGGAGAGCUGACAUCUUCCGCCUUCAUAUUCCUUGGUCCCAUGAAGACUCCCUCACGCUCUCCAAAGCUCCCUCUCGGACAGACCUCUCUGCGAAGCUGCACGUCGCCCAGCCGGAAAACGACAGCAGCGUGGCCGUGUUGGAGAUGUACACCGCGUCCGAUUGCCAGUACGAAGUAACGAUUAAGACGUCGCUUCCUCAAGUACUGGGGCAGGUAAUCCGUUUCCACGGGGAAUCGCUUCCAGCCUACGUCGUCGCCAACGUCCUCCUGGGCUACGGCGGACAGCUCGCCUCCCUUCUCUCCACCGGCCGCUGCGGCCGCUUUGGGUCGGCGCUGCAGAGGACGGCCAGACCUUACAAGGUGGAGCCCGUGAUCCACGGCCUCAGGUUCCUGCUGGGGUUCCGCUGGAUUAAAGAGGCCUGGGAAGCGACGCCCUUCCCGGAUCCGGCCGUGAUUCCCGCCGGGGCCCGCGGUCCCUGGUUCCCACUCGUGUCAUUCGUCCUCUUCCUGCUGGGCACCGCCGUGGCCUACUGGACUCACGCUCUGGGCGCCUGCUCGCUCCGCCUCCUCGCCUCCGCCCGGCAGGCGCUGCCAAGGCGGUCAGCCCGUCCACAGAGGGUGAGCCCGGGCCCGGCGAGCUCGGCCUGUUUGGUCCUGGUCCUGGGGGGCUGGAUUACGUGCGGCGCCUCCUCCCUCGCCCUCGCCGCCCUUCUCUACGUGCUCCGGGUGAUCCACCUGCAGUCCGCCGUACGAACCCCGAAAAGUGGCCUUAAUGUGACGCCAAGGGGCUCGGCCGGAGCGGGGGAAGCGGCCGAGAACUGCCGGUCCAGCGCGGAGCCCCCCGCCGAGACCCCCGAGGAGGCCGAGGACGCUCUAAGGAUGCACAUCACAGCUCUGCAUUUCCUCGCCUGGAUCGUGCUGCUCAGCGCGCCGUCUUUAAUUUACUGGUUCAAAAACCUCAGGUACAAUAUCCAGCUGGAUCCCGAUCCCUGUAAACCUCUGGCUCUUAUCCUGGUUCCAACUCUGGGAAUUCUCAUGAAUUCCAACAUGGCCUCAGUGAAAUCCAGCAAGUUCCUGAAGAUGGCCGCCAGCCUCCCGCCCGUCCUGUCGGUGGCCACGGUGGCCUUCGGGGCCACCCAUCUUUACCGCGUCCCGUACCUGGCUAGCGUCCCCCUGGUCCUCCACGCUCUGUGUAGCGUCGUGUGACCUCCCCUUCCUUCCCCUUCCCGGGCUCCGCAGAAGAGGGAACGUUCCCAAAACGGCGUCCGAGGGAUCCGAGGCCCAGGCGCCUCGCCGCCUCCCCUCAGAGCCGGGAUUUGAACCCAUGACCUCUGCCUCCAAAGCCCGGGCCCUUUCCACUGAGCCACGCUGCUUCUCUA